UGUGUACCGAGAGCUAAUUAAUGUCAGCUGGGUAUAUAAGACAAAUUUUUUCACACUCUAAACAUAAUAUUUUUUGAAUACUCUCUGAACAACAUACAUUACUAUUAAACAAUGCGUGGGUCAGUUUUAGCAAUUGUUGCUUGUGCUCUUGUAGUUGGUGUUCUGGGAGAUGAUGACAUGAAAGAAAAGCAUAAGGAAAUCUUUAAAAAGUGUGCGGAAGAAGCAGGCGUCACUAAAGAAGAUCUUCAUAAUCAUAAGAAAGACGAAGAACCCGAGACAAAAGUCAAAUGUUUCCAUGCUUGUGUUGCGAAGGCUGAAGGCGCUAUGGUCGAUGGAAAACUUAAUAAAGACAAAAUAAUCGAGAAGAUUCCUGCUGAUGCACCAGAUCGCGAAAGAGUUGUUGAAGCCAUUACAAAAUGCAGCGAACAAAAGGCAGAUGACGAAUGCGAGACAGCUUAUCUUGUUUUCAAGUGCCUUCGUGAAAAUAAGGCAUUACCUCACCCUCCCCACCACCACCACCACCAUCACCAUGACGAAUAAUAAUAAUUAUUUAUUUCUGGCGACCGAAGGAAUCACAAAUAUAUAUAUAUUGUAUAACGACUCAAUGGCUCUCUACUUGUUACCAAGCUAAUUAAAAAUUAUGUAAUUAUUAUUAUUAUUAAUUUUGUUUUUGUUGUAAAAUAAAAAUAACGAAAUGCGAAAUUGUAAAACAGAACGUCAAUAAAUAAUUUAAAUCAGCAAGAAAA